AUGUUUGUUUGCACAGACCGGCCAGCCCAGCCCACCUUAGCGGGAGUGUCGCUCGUGCUGUCCCCUGCGCCCAGUCCAGGUUUUUCCGCCUGUUGCUUGCUCCUUAGGCGCGCGAGACGCGCACACACAAAGAGGCAUAGAGUUCUGGCCAAAGGUCUGGAUGCUGGAAUCCAGGCCAGGUUUUCACGCCUCUGCAGCCGGGCUGCUAGGUCUGGCUGUGUUGGGAGGAGGAGGAGCGGAGAAGCGCAGAGGGCGAGAGGCGCAGAGGCGGCUGCGCUUUUGCCAAGAAGGCUGGUCGCCGGCGGCAAGCGCCAGGGGUGUUCUUGCGCACUUGGGAGCGCGCGCCCGCUCCUGCUGCUGAUUCAACCCACCGAGCUGCUGCCUCCCCGGCAUCGGGAAGGUCUGGCCGGCGACGGUAGCAACAGCAGCUGCCCAGGUAAGGGAGCAGCGAAAGGGAGCGCCCAGCUUAGUUCAGCCUGGCACGGGCGAAACUUGCCGGGUAACUUUCUAGCCAGCUCGCCUUGCCCAGCAGGGGUGCAUUUGCCAGCUUGCUUCUGUCCUCCUCUCCCCGCCCCCACUUCUUUCUCUUGUUUAUUGCAUUUAUAGCCCACCUCCUCCUCCAAUGAGCGCGAACUGCUGCGCCUGGUUCUGCUCCUUCUCAUUUUAUCCUCGCAGCAACCCUGUGAGGUAGGUUAGGCUGAGAGAGGCAGUGAGUGGCUCGAGGUCACGCAGCAGGCUUUAUGGCUGAGUGAGGGAUUCGAACUCUGGUUUCCCUCCUCCAAAGUCAUAGUCGCAACAUUCUUCACCGUUCUAUUGGCUCUCAUUUUCUUCCAUUCGGGACCAUGUGCCCCACUUUACAGAGACAGUCCUGUGUUUGAAGGGCAGCCUGGUCCAGACCCGGUUUUAAAGUUCAAGCGGACUUCCUCCCCGUUUUCUCAUGACGUUCCGUUUAUUUAUUGCACAUUUUCAUCCUGGUUUGUCUGCUGCGGGGGCUAGACCAUGUUGCCUAAAGCAGUUCUUAUACAACAUCGUUUCCCCAUCGUUUUCUUUAAUGCAAACAGUGAUGUAUUUAUUUUAAUUUUCGCAGUGGACUGGGUUUGUUGUGCAAUAGGCACCUGGUCAGCUAUAAUUAGGCAACCUGAAUUUUCAGGUAUAUAUAAAUGUUGCUAUUUUCAAGCAGUCUUGAAAGUGUGCAUAUUGUGAAGUUUCAUUCAGCUAUUGAAAAUGGCUUGUUAGCAACACGUCUUAUCAAAAAUUUCCCAGAAAAUGUAAAUUUGGAUUAAAGGGGUGGGUGGGAGCGGGGUGCAAUACAGUCUGUCAUUUUCACCCCAAGGACUUUGUUUAGUUGUUGCAAAAAAAAAAUUGUAUGCAUGAGGACGAGCACCCAUCCCACAAUACACACUUGCUUGGAAGCACCCCUCUCCCUUUAAAAGAAACUCUAAAAAGGAGAGUCUUGAAGUUGCCCAUCACCAGGGAUCACCUGGGCAGCAGAUAAAACAGGUACACAGAUCAUAUGGUCACAGCCAUCCCCAGAAUGGUGAGAUCUUGGGUGUUCAAAUGACUAGUAUUAUUACUUCAAAAUUUGCAUGUAUUAAAUAAUUGGCAUAUGAACAGCAUUUUUAUCCCCCUUCAGCAAAAAAGUGGGGGCUCCCAGAGCAACUUAUUCUUAAGAAUACAGUAAUAAGAAAGUCCCACUCAAACUUACAGUUUGAAAGACACAGAAGAAAAGGGAAAGGGAGUGGGAGGGAGGAGGAAAAAGAAAACCCCAGGCGUUAGUUCUUAGUUACAAAUAUUCUCUUAGCUCUUCAUGCAGAUCGUUAUCCUUUUGGGAGGCAGGUGGUGAUGCAUUUUCUUUCUUUUAGCAGUGCUCAGGUGUGACCUAUCUUUCUUUGAUUGCUUCACACAUCCUCCUCCUUUCUGACUUGCCACUCUGGGUUUGGGACAAAUACGUGAUUGUCAUGUCGGCAAUGCCAGGUGUAUGCAGUCAUCAUACAUUGCAGGUUUGUUUGCUCAAGAGAAAUAUGACUUAAUAUGCUCUUAAGCCUAUACCUCGAAUGAUCCAACUGCUUAUGCAUGUGACAGGCACUUGAUUGCAAAUGUGCAAAGACUAAAGUAGCGCAUGUGACGUUACAUGUGUGACUACAAUUAACGGGUCUAAUUUUUUAGAAGUUAAAGAAUAGCUGUGGAAUGAGAAGUGACCAGGAGUAGGACUUAGAAGCACAGGGAGCAAUGUUUAACACUAUCCCUUGCAGUCACGGUCCUGAUGAAAAUCACCCUCUUAAGCUGCUCUUAAACCUUAGUUUAAUACCAGGGAGGCAUUAUGACUUUGAAUACUAGUUGCUGGGAAAUCACAAGUGGUGAGAACACUGUGGCACUCAGGUCCCGCUUGUGGACUUCCCAGAGGCAUCUGAUUGGUCUCUGUGAGAACGGGAUGCUGGACCAGAUGGGCUCCUUUGGCUGAGCUUCCACCAUACAUGUACAGGUUACUGGUGGGGGAGCUGUGAUUGGACUAGUUCUCACAGCCAAAUCAGUAGGGAUGCAGAACCAAGCCAGUGUGCUGUAGUGGUUAGAGUGCUGGAGCAGGAGCCAGGAGACCAGGGUUCAAAUCCCCACUCAGCCAGUGAAGCCCACUGGGUAACUUUAGUAUAUGUGUUGCUGAAGCGAGCACUGGGUUACUUUAGGCCAGUGGGUAACUUUAGGUCCACUGGGUAACUUUAGGCCAGUCACUGCCUCUCAUCCUAACCUACCUCACAGGGUUGUUACGAGGAUAACAAGGAGAGAGAGAGAGAGAGAAGUGUAGAGAAAAGAUGGGAUGUGAACGUAAGAGUAGAGAAUAAAUGAAUAAGUAUUACUGCAGCUAGGGACACGGGUGGCGCUGUGGGUUAAACCACAGAGCCUAGGACUUGCCAAUCAGAAGGUCGGCAGUUCGAAUCCCUGUGAUGGGGUGAGCUCCCGUUGCUCGGUCCCUGCUCCUGCCAACCUAGCAGUUCGAAAGCAUGUCAGAGUGCAAGUAGAUAAAUAGGUACCGCUCCGGCAGGAAGGUAAACGGCGUUUCUGUGUGCUGCUCUAGUUCGCCAGAAGUGGCUUAGUCAUGCUGGCCACAUGACCCGGAAGCUGUAUGCCAGCUCCCUCAGCCAGUAAAGCGAGAUGAGCACUGCAACCCCAGAGUCAGUCACGACUGGACCUAAUGGUCAGGGGUCCCUUUACCUUUUAUUACUGCAGCUGUAAGGGUAGGGGGAAAUUUGGAUAAGGAGCAUGACACCAGGUUAACCCCCAUAGUUAUGCCUCUGUAGCUGUGCGCCUUCUACGACUAUGCAACAGAAUUGAAACAUUGACCAAGGCAGACAUUUUGGUUUCAGUGGCAAAUCACCUUCUUAUCCUUCCUGCCCCCUCUACCCUCCUUGUUUAACUUUCACUUCAAAUAGGAGUUCUGGUGGAGUGAAAAGAUUGUACACUAUUUUGUGAUGAUUUUGAUUGAACAUAAUAAAAAGAUUUUGGAUUUUAUUUCCAAAAUAAAACUUUCAAAUUAUUAUAAUGAUGUAAUGUAUGGGUCAUUCUUAUACUCAAAGGUCUGAAGGAAACAUAGAUCAUAAACAAGUAAAUACAAAAAAAUAUUAUGUACACACAUAGAGACACACUGAUCAUAGGAGUGAUCACAUGAAAUGUCCUUCCAAGUACACAUUUCCCAGCAUAAAAUGGGGUUGGAGUGUUUUUGUUGGGGUUUCUGUUUUGUUGUUGUUGUUGUUGUUGUUAUAUCUUCAUUUUAGAUGUUGUGAUUUAUGUGGAAAUUGUUCAGUUUGGUUGUGUAUUUGUUGAUGUUUUAUUUAUUGUUUAUGACUAUUUUGUUAUGUUGCAGUUACGCAUUUUUUUAUGUUGUAAGCCUAUUUGAGCUCAGUUUGAACUCUGUGUUAGCCUAACCUCCCUUGCAGGAGUUGUUCAUGUUGUUGUAACGAUAAAAUAGGGAUAGGGAGGGGAACCAUGUAUGCUCUCUGGAGCUUCUUGGAAGAAAGGUGGGAUAAUCAAUCCAUCCAUCAAUGCAGGCGGAUCCAGAUUCCAGGUAGGACUGGUAGGACCAAUGUUCUGACGAAGCAUAAGGCAGCUGCUUAUGUUCUUAUGUACCAUUCCCCUUGACUUUGGGUAACACUUGCUGAUCUGUCUCAGGCAGCAAAAUGACAUGGGCUUUCACCUGUUACAAAUUACAACAGAACCAUGAACCUGAAAAUUAAAAUACAUCUCUAGUCUUCCUAAGUGUGCUUAUUGAAAAUCUUUCUCAUCAAAACCACAACUGGAGCAAAAAAAUGUUCAGGGUGGGAGUUUCCAUCUGAAAUACACAGUUAUGUCUCUUCUUCCUGUAAUCUGAUGUUGAAAUAGCCGGGGGAGUACGAACAUAGUUAUCGUGCCUUUGGGAUUGAUAUGUGAUGGGAAAUACCAGAACAAACCAAGCUGCAAAGCUUCCAUUCAGAAAGGGCAUUCCUGAAUGAAAAGCUUUGCUCGCGGAAUGCAUUCCUAAGCGCUUCCUCUCAAAUCUAUUCUGAGACAGGGAGGCAAGAGAAGGCUUUGUGCCUAACGAUAAAAGGAGGAGGGUGGACUUGGUCUGAAGGCACCUGGUCUGGUCAACAUCUGGAUGGGAGACUGUGCACAAACUCUAUAUAUGCUGCUAUGGGUUUUUUCCCAAGUUACAGUGGUACCUCAGGUUACAUACGUGUCAGGUUACAUACGCUUCAGGUUACAGACUCCGCUAACCCAGAAAUAUUACCUCGGGUUAAGAACUUUGCUUCAGGAUGAGAACAGAAAUCAUGCUCAGGCGGCGCGGCAGCAGCAGGAGACCCCAUUAGCUAAAGUGGUGCUUCAGGUUAAGAACAGUUUCAGGUUAAGAACAGACCUCCAGAACGAAUUAAGUUCUUAACUCGAGGUGCCACUGUACUAAAGAGGAGAAAGCUGACAGGCAGCGAUGCCACCCCCAGGACUGGUAGCAGGUAAAUAAGGAGGUAGGCAGGUGAGGGCAGUUUCAGGUUAAGAACAGACCUCCAGAACAAAUUAAGUACUUAACCCGAGGUACCACUGUAUAUAGAAAAGUAAAGAUAGCUGUGUUGGUCCAUAAGAAACAGGAAACAAACAAACAAACAAAUAAACCAUGUUAGGGUAAUACUUUUAUUAGGCCAGUCAAAAUGCUAUAAAACAAUGUGCAAGCUUGGGAGUUCUCCAGAACUCCUACUUUUGUUUACAGUCUAAUCUGAUGAAGCAUUGUGGGAAACGCAAAAGCUUGCAAGCUAUUUUGUGACAUAUUUUGGCCAAUUUUCAUUAGCCUUAUAAAGGUGCUGCCCUCAUAUGGAUUUGAGUUUGUUUGAGUUUCUUGCUCUUAACCUCUCCUUCUCCCUGCCACCCAACCUCUUGUUCAUUUCUUUUUCUCAUACAUAACCUCUUUUUCUUCUCCUUCCCAGCCUCUAAGCUUGCUCUCUCUCUUAACCACCACCAUCACCACUGCUUAAAUUUUGUGUGGGGGUCAGUGUGCUCUGCCUAGCCCUAGCUUUUAGCUGCCCUGCCCUCUGUCCUGUCUUGCAUUCCAUCAGUCCCAUCAGCCACCACUGCAUUCAGGCAUAAGUACUUAUUGUUGUCAAAGGAGUUAAGAUUCUGCAGUAAGGUUUGUUUGAUUCUGCCUUCCUUGUUCCUUCUAUGAAAGUGGAGCAUCACAGUCCAAAUAGAAGAUUCCAAAGAUGUGGGAGGCUAACAGCCCUGCUCCCAAGAUUUUUCAGUGCGCUUGGAGGGCUAUGAUAAGAUGGGGCACCUGUGGCCUUCCAGAUGUUGUUGCGCUCCAACUCCCAUCAGCCCCUCCAGCUUGGCUAGUGAGCACUUUGUGAUGGAUGUUGGGAGCUCGGCAACGUCUGGAGAGUCACACACUCCCCAUCCCUGGUUUAGUCCUCCGUCCCAGCUCAGUACUUGCAAUGCAUCAGUCAAACUGUGCACAAACUGUGCACGUUUCAUAGGAUUGUAGAAUUGUAGAGUUGGAAGGUAGCAUGAGAGUCAUCUAGUCCAACCCUCUGCAGUGCAGGAAUCCUUUUCUCAAUGUGGGCUUCAAACCCACGACCAUGAGACUAAGUGUCUCAUCCUGUACUGACUAUGCUAUCCCAAGCUCUGCUUGACGUCUUUAUCUGAACGAGGUGCCGUUUAAGCCCCAGCCUCUCUCACUUUCCUGUUGUUCAUUACAGGGCUCAUUUCAUGAUUUUCUUCUUGAGAAAAUGUAUUCUCCAUGCACAUAAUGAAUUUUCUCCACCUGGCAAGGACAAUGUGCUCAUUGUGUCGCUGCCUCACUUUUGAUUGCACUAUAAAUCAAUAGUGUUAUCUGCAACUCAGAAAGAUUGUAGCGCAACCAAACGAGCAGCAAAUUAUCUUGAGUAACCUUCCAAUAAAGUCACACGAGUGAAUAAAAGCCCAUUCUGACCAUUGUCAGCAUGCUGUAAAUACACCUUGGGGAGUAAAGCACAGGUCCCCUUGAACUGAGAAAUCAAAUAAAUGUUUGGAGGUGAUGCCAAAUGCAGCCAUUUGUCUUUCAAGGAGCAUGUUGAGAUGAUACAGAUUGGGGCAACAGUUUAUGGAAGCUGCCAUUUGGCAGGCACCACUAUUAUGCUGACUGAUGUGCGGCUGGUGCAGUUGAAUAAACUGACUUGUUUCAGAUUGUUCACCUUGAGCAACUGCAGAUUGUUACACCUGUGCAACCUUUAAAGGCUUUGAUUAAUGCUAUGCAAACCAUAACUUUUAGCACUAGUUACAGUUGCAGCUUGUUCUCUUUUGCUUGCCAAAGGUCAGCUCCUUUGAACCUGUGAGGUGGAAGCACUGAGUGGCUCAGAGGUGGAGCUAGCGAUGUUACAUACAUGCCUGUUCAGCCACUUCCAGUUGCAGGACAUGCACCUUUACGGUACGAUAAUCUUUAUUAUCAUUGUCCCAUACAGAACAACGAAAUUGAAAAUCUACAUCAGAUUUACACACAUUACAGGUGUGCUACUCCAGUGGGUGCUCCCAGGAGCUAGUCUCCUGGUCACAGGUGACGUGAACUUACCCAUAGGCACCUAGGGCUUCUCUAAUCUCUAAUAACUCAACCACUGAGGGAGUUCAUUUGCAUAUUCCAGCCAAUGUGUGUUUUGUAUGCAAAACAGAGGCACGGGAAAUAGAGCUUUCCAGUUUCCAGGGUUGCAUAGGACAACAGCUUGGAGAUCUGUUCAGUGUCUCAUUGUUCCAUCUAACAAUAUGGAAAGUGAAGAGGCUACAUCCGGUGGCCUAGGCUGGUUAAACAUGCUACACCUAUAAAAUCAACACUAUUUCCAAAUAUUUAAACUACAGCAGUUAAGUCUCUUAAUGUUCCACUGCCAUUAUGGGUUCUGAGUAGCGUUUUGUAUCCAUGCAAAUGGUGUAGGAAUGAAGUCCCUUGUGAGGAACCUUCAGAGGAGUGUGUUUGUCACAUGCUGGUGUUGGAUGAGGCAGGGGGCAAAAGUAGACAGAGGAAUGGAUGUAGUUUUUAAUUUCUAGUGUAGGCUACAUUCCAGUCACUAAAGUCCAAAUGAUCAGCAUUUCAGAUCUACACCCCUCUCCUUCCACCUUUCGUCCAUUAAACAAGGGGAGAUGUACUGGAACAUUUUAUUGCAGGUCCCACCUGUUGUAACCUAAUAAGAAGUCUUGACAGCUUGGAAGUAACAAAUUGCUGCUGCUGCUUCUUCUUUUGCAUUGCUUCCACCUGAAGCUGGAUAACUGAAACAAUAAAAGCUUUCAGGGGAGCAUUUCUGAAGGGUGAGAUUAUUUCUUGAUAUUGACAGAGUCAGGCCUUGACCCUCGGGGUGAAAAAACACAGGUGGAAUGGGGAGAGCUGCUGUUUGUGAUAAACCACACAGCUCUCUUUGUUUUCCAGUGAGUGUGUGCCAGCUCAGCAAUUCCUUCUACACUGAGCUGGAGUUUUAAGGCGUUUGAAGCACACCUCAUUCACUUUGGCCAAUAAUGGACGUUUUCACCUUUGGUUGGAGAUGAUGUGCACGACUGGUUUUUCACAAUUUGGCCUGUCUUGGGUAGGAUGCAAUAGAUUAAAUGAGAGGGUUUUUUAACCUCUGCUCAGAACUUUUGCUUCAAUAUGGGGAGUGGGUGGUGCUAAAGCAGAGUAAACCUGUACCCCUUCACAUCUCAGAAGUGGAGAGAAAUUUAUGAGGGAGAGUAUGAAACUCAGGCGCUACCAGCUACUAUUUUUUAAGUACAUUGACACAACCCCCUUCCACUAAUUUCCCCCUCCGGCAAUUAGAAUCACGUGAGGAGGAAGGAGGAGUAAUACUUGCUGGGUCCCUCCCUUGCCAUCCCAUUUUCUGUGGCCCCCACCCCCUGCUGCCCAUUCACUGGAGCCGAAGGGCUGAAGAAAGAUGCCUGCUCUGUGUGACUAUGCCACACUUCCACCUUAUAUUUAAAUCACUAUUAUACCACUUUAAGAGUAAUAGGGCUGUAGUUUAAGGAUGUUGAAAGCUGUUAGGAGACCUCAUAUUCCCCUCACAGAUAUCCAAAAUCCUAGAGGGAGGGAGGACUGUUUGUUAAACCAAACUGUAGAUCUCUGAGGAUAAUUGGCAGGGUGUAUCUCUAAUACCGCUCAACAUCCUUAACAAACUACAGUUCCCAGGAUGCUUUAUGGGAAAUCAUGGCAGUUAAAGUGGUACAAGAGUGCUUUAAAUAUAUAGGGUGCAGAUGUGACCAUAGACUUUCUGCAUGAUUUAGAAUCUUGAUCAUUCUGUAAAUUGUAGGUCUAACAACUCUCAGGACCAUAACAAACUAUGGUUCCCAGGAUGCCCUGGGGGAAGCAUGAUCAUUCUGGGGUCUAAAUUAUACAGGGGACCUACAAAAAGAGCCAGGCUUCCUAUCUCAGACCUUCAGGCCCAGCAUAUGGACAGAUCCAUCAGGGGAUGUGUUUCUGCUCUCUCCAUGCUAUUUUCAUUGCAUCAAGAGAAAUGACUGCUAUGUUGCUGCUGCAAUGUAAGAACAGUGGAGCAGCCCCUGCUCUCUGCAGCUAGUCACUUUCCUCCACCUGAGUUUUGCUUCCACCCUCGAAAACCUGUGUGUGAUUCAUAGCCUGUCCUAUAUCAACUACAUGAUAUUCCUGGCCUUGAAUGUGUUGGAUGACGCUGUCUCAAAUUCACCAGCCAGUCCAGGCAUCUUCUGCAAAUAGGGCUACAUCCAAUGCUGAAGUUCCACUGGCACAAAAGACACCUUUGUGUGCCGGAACUCCUCUUCCUCUCCUGUCCUCUUCAACUUCCCACAUUCUUUCAAAGUCAACUCCGGAGUGUUAGGGAGCUGGAGGGAAACAGAAGUCCCAUUGCACAAGUGGAAUUCUGUGCAUUGUUGGAUGCAACUGACAAAACUGAGGGGGCACCGUUUUGUUCUUUGCCUCAAGCAGCACAAUAUUCCAUCCAGGGCACCCAACUAGGUGACAGUUCGACAUGCUAUUGAUUGGCAGUUGAGUACUAAACUGAGAGAGCAAAAGCCCAACACAGUAGAGGCCUUGAUUUUUACUUUUAACGUACCUUUCUCUCCUCUCUUUUUUCUUUCUUUCUUUCUUCAGGCUCAUAGCACAGCACCUACCCAUAACAACCACAUGUCCUGCACAAGAUAGGUUAGGUUUUCUGGUUGUAUGCACCACUUCCCUGAAGUGAUUUACAUGAAGUUUGAAAGCAAAAAAUAAGAAUUCAUAGGGGUCAUCCACAUUACCACCUCCACCCCCGGUGCUCUAAAGCACCAUCUCCAUGUGUGGUUUUGGAGAGGGUUUUUGCCCUGGUGCUUUCCCAGCAAAAACCCACUCUUUGAAUUGGAACAAAUGACAAUUCACCAUUUGCUAACAAAACAGAUUGCUGUUUUCUCAGAUUAAGGAUUUUGUAGGGAAAGCAGCACUCAGACACAGCGCUUUAAAGGUCAGACCUGUGCCUAGAAAUUCAGCGCAAAAGGAAGCCUGGAUGAGUCCAUAGUCAGGGUGAAAACAUCCAGUCAUUUGUGUUCUCCACAGGAAACAAAAACAACUUUGCAGUGGUGACUGGUGCUCAUUGGAACUGGUAGGAUGGGAAGCUGACAGUGGGUUGAGCUAGAGCCAAUGACAGGCAAAGCUAGCUAAUUCAAGUUUCGUCCCCACCCUCCUCCCUGAGGAGUUCUACAGUGACAGUACCUAGAACAAGGAGGAGGAAGUUGACAGGCUGUUCCGUUCCACCCCACCCCACCCCACCCCCAGACUUGCUGUUGAUGGGGCAAUGCUCUAUUCUGCCUAUUGGAACAGCCUCCAACUGCAUCUUUGCUUGGCACUGAAACAAUGACAAAGUUGGCACCAGGUGGGCCUCCACAGGGAGCGCAUUCCAUAGAUAGGGAGCUGCUACAGAAAAGACCCCUUUUCUUCAUCACCACCUUCUGGACUUCCCUUCUUACCAUAUACAUAGGGGCCGGGUAGCUUAUAUAGGGAUUGUAACAAAUAAGGACGUAUUUGCCAAUAUAUGGUAAGAAGGUAAUGGAAUUAAUAAAUAUUGGGGAGAGGGAGGAAAAAUAAUGGUAUUGUAAGAAAGGUAGCAAAUGUGACCUACAGAUGUACCUGAUUGAGUGCUUCUAAGGCAUGUGAAGUAGCAGCCCAGGAGAGAUACAUCCCAUAUGCUAAUUAAAGCACUAAGGGACUUGGCUCAUGGUUGCUAAAACUGGGGAAAGUGCUAGCCAGUUCCCACAACUGAUCCAUGGCUAAGGAAGAUCUAGGACCUUAUGUUCAUGAAUAAAAUUACAAGUUGUAAAUAACAUGGGAGAGGUGAAUUUGAAUGAUUAAUAACUUUCAAAAGAAACUAAACGCUUACUCUGUUUUCCAUUGGAAUCAGAACAAAACUGAUUAAAUGAUUUCUGUGGAUAUAUUAAGCAUGAAUUGAUUUUGCUGCAGUGUCUUAUAUUGAUAUUAUUAAUAUUUUUUUUUAAAAAAAUAAAAACACACAGUGCCCAGGACCAGUCAAGUUGAGUCAGAAAACCCGAGUCAGAAAAUCUGAAAAGUGCCUUUUCCUGGCAAUGAAAAUGCAAUAAUAACUCUUUGCUACCUUUUCAUUAUUCCCAGAAUCACCCGCUGCACCCUACCUAAUGGUAGGGCUGGCCUUACAUAUGUAGGGGAACACUGUUGUUGUCGUUAUAUAAUUAUAUCAUUUUACUCCUGCAAGUGCCAUAAAGUUUCAGAAUCUGUUUCUGCAUCAGUUUUUGCUCAGUCCCUGCUGGGAACAACUUGAUGUUUCAGUGUAGAAUGGAUUGUACUAUGUUUUCAAGUAAUUCCAUUGUUUCACCAUUCGUACUGCUAUACACUCAUGGCAAGCCAAGCUGUCAAGUCACACAAGGACAUGGGGAGGUAAAAUAGGAGCUACUUAGCAGCAUGCAGGAUCAAAAUGUAUCUCAGCAUGGCAGGCAAGAUUAAAAAUGUCUUCUCUUUUGAAAAGCAAUUAUUUAUUAACUGCUAGAAUGGGCUUUAGAACAAAGUGGUAUGAAUUGGUUUAGAGGUCUAUUUAAAGAGAGAUGUUAGGUUGGCCACUGGACUGAACAUCUUAUAUAGCUGCUCUGUAUUUACUUUUAUAGAAAUAUUUAUAUGCCACUUAAUUAAAAUAACCUCCUUAAGUCAACUACAUAAACUAAUAUAAAAUGUAUUUUUUAAAAAAAGCAAUUGCAAAUGAACUUCAAAAUGUUAGAUAUAAUAAAAUUAUCAAAAUAUAGAUCAGAUCAACGGUUUUAAAAACAAAUGUGAUAUACAAAACAUUGUUAUAGGUUGGAGGGCUGUCCUAAACAAAACAGUUUUUAACAGGUGUCAAAAGCAGGUACCCAUGUGGUGCCUGCUUAAUAUCAAUAGGCAAAGAGUUCCACAGUUGGUGCGGGCUGAGAAGUGCAUCCAGCUUAAAGUGCAUCCGGACUGCAGGUUCCAGACCUCUCUGCCUGCUGUCUGUACUAAUAUGGAAGGAAAUGGGACAAAGCAAGUACCUUGGUGGAGCAGAUGCCUCCUUUACCCAAGCAGGAAUGACUCUGCUGCUCCCACUGUGACUGCUAGACAGAAAUACAGUUGUAUUUAUGACAUUGGCUGGGUGAUUUUGCCCUGCAGAUGCUAUUAAGUCAACAACAUGCGAACAGGAGAUUGCAAUGAAAACUUUUAUGGCUUCUUUUUUCUUCUUUUUUUUCUGAGGCCUCUGGAGGCUCAGAAGCAUGUAGAACAAAUAUAGCACAGGAAAUGCACAAAGUGUACAAAAGCCUCAUCUUUAUGGCUGAAUGCACGAUAUGUACGCCAUACUGGCAAACAGCUUCAGACUCUGUUUACUUUUGCCAGCUGGAUACUGUGAGUUUAGCAGCACUGAAAAGAAGGGUCCAAAAGACUGGUUUCCUGAAACCCCAGCAUUUUUUGGUCCGAUGAGUUUUCUCAGAAUUAUGUAUAGUAGGAUCUUUUUUAGCACACAUAGUUCAGACCUUUAAUGGGGCCGGUUGCUAUCUAAAUAAAUAAAUAGUGACAAUUUAAAAUAAUAUUGUAAAGUAUUGCAACUUGUUACAAUUUUUAACUUAAACAGAGCUAUGUAUUUGAUGAAAGUUACCCAGAAGUAAUUCCCCUUUUGUCCAAUGGCGCUUAGUCCUGGAAAAGUAUGUUAACAUGUUGUCCUCAGAAAUAAGCCCAUAGAAUCAGGGAUGAGUAAGAAAUGUAAAGGUGAGUCUCCUUCAUUUGCAGUUUCCCAAACAGCCAUCGAAAUUUUCAUUACCUUUUUUUUCUUGCAAUUUUCAUUGCAAGUUUUCUCCAGCCAAGUAACGUUUACCAAAAAAAUGCAUGCACUAGGGUGAAGUGUGCAUUAAAAAGCACAUGUCAGUGGAUGUAACACACAAAUGUGAAUUAUAUCAAGGGAAAUUGCUUUGCAAAAUCCCACACGAAUAUGUGUGUUUAGGAUAAAUUGUCAUUUAUCCGAAAGUGUGGAGAAGUAUGAAUUUUGAAUUGUGAUUGUGCUUCAGCAGUUUGCAUAUUGUUUUGGAAAGUGUGAAUUGGGUAUGUUCGCCUUCAGAUGUGAACUGAACUGAAUUUCUCUCUCUCCCCCCCCCAUCCUGAACUGCAGUACAACAAGGAGUCUUGCGGCAGCUUGCAAAUUGACAUAUGCUAGCAUUGUGUCAUAAUCACCUUGUUAUCCUUUUGACUACAAGGCUCUUCUUGGUAAUCCUCAUAGUGAGCAGAUGCCCUUUCCUCCUUCUUACAGUUAAGUUUGAUCUGGCUGAAGCCAAUGGGUCUUUCCUCUACAAAAACAAAACAUUAAGGCAGUUUGUGUUGCCUGCCUACUCACUUGGUUUCUCCAUGCAACUAAACUUAGGCUAAGAUUAUAUCUCAUUCUCAGGCUGCUACAACAGAGAGAUUGUUUACAGUUAAACGCACACACAGUGUUGCUUGCUCGAGGCUCAUGUGCUCAGGAGUAAGUAAACAUCCUUGAUGUUCACAUGCGAUCACUGCAUUUAUCUAAAAAGACAUCUCAAUGAGGUUUUUUUUUAUUAUUAUUCCUCUCUUCUCAGGAGCAACUGAACCAAACUGA